AUGGCCUACCCCCUCGUCCUGUCCCCCGGGAGGUUCGCUCUCGCCGCCGCCACGCGCGUUGUGGCGGCUCCGCCCGCUUCUUCCCCCCCUGCGCGCGUCUGUCUCCUCGCGCCCGCCCGCACGCCCCGCCUGGCGCGCUCGACGACGGUGGGGCCCUUGCGCGCGCACGCGCGCCUGAGAUUCAAGCAGCGCGCUCCGGCGGACGACGGCGCCGCCGCCAAGGAGGCUUGCCCGCGCGACCCAGCGGAUAAAGAGGGCGUCGCGGAGACCGACCCGUACGCCAAGCUGUGGCCGUGGGGGGACUACUUCCCCGACGAAGACGAAUUACGCCGGGAGGACUUCGCCACCAUGCAAGAACGGUUCUCGCGCGAAUCUACGGAGGCGGUCGCGGCGCUAAAAGCCAUGAUCGCCGGCGUGUUCCGUCCACUCCUGGACAACUUCCACCACCUCCGGUCCCUGAAGACCGUCUACGACACGGAGGACUACCACAUCGGCAUGCCCUUCGGAGCGUUGGUCGCCUGCGUCGGGUGCUAUCAACUGUGGAAGAUGGAUCCGUCCAUGUUUGUCAGCACCGCUCUCGGCUAUGCGUUCUACAAGCUCAGCGUUGUCUCGUUGGAGCUCCGGAAACAGGGCUUUGCCAAUGACCUCAUCACCCGACUUAAAUUUGUUAUCAUGCUCCUCAUCAUGGCCGUAACUUACAAUAAAAAAUAUUCUCCACUUGAUGCUAUCAUGGCGCCUGUUUUUAUGCUCUAUUCAUUGACAUUUGCUUGUGAAGUGACUGGCGUCAAGAAGCAGUUCAAGUAUGCUGUGCCGCUACUUAACAUAAUGCUAAGGCACCCAGAAGGAAGACGGGAGCUACGCGCAAUGUUGUCUGAGGUUGAACUUGAACUUGUAUCAGAGUGUGGGAUCGUGGUCUUAUAAAACCAGUUAUGUAAACGUGCUUUUAUAGUGCCACUUGUAGAAUCCUACACUUGGGGCCUUAAUAUUUUUGUUACCGUAGUAAGUUGUUUCAUUUAUAUUGCACAUUCAUGAAACUGUGUCAAAUACGUAUAGUUGUUGCGCUAUAGCCAGAUUGUAAUUACCGGAGCUUGAACUUGUAUCAGAGUG